UCCACUCCACCCUCCUACAGCAUUUCUCUUACACAACAAAAUGCAUAAAACGCACCUCAAUUACUCUUUUCAUAACUCAUCACAAACUCCUUCUUGCACUUUACCUUCGCCACCCUUUUCGUCCUUCUCCACGCCUCUAAAACCCCAUGACUUUAAACUAACUUCUCUUAAAAAAUAAGCUUUCUUUCCAUCCCUAUAUACUUACUCCACUUAUAUAUAAACACAACAGAACACUUCUAAUUAUAAUAAAAUUCCAACGUCGGAAAAUCAAGAAAAUGGCCUCUACAUGCAUAUCAAAUUGUGUCAACGAUGCCCGUGGUCCGGUCCGUGCCAACUACGUUAACUUGUACAAGUGGCCUGAAUCCGAUGCCGAGUUUAUAAGAUCAGUCAGCUCAAAAAACAAUGGACAUGGUCGUGGUCGUGGUCAUGGUCAAGGUUCUGGUCCGAAAGUGGUGGAUAGCAUUUCGUGUAGACAAUUAUAUUUGAGGAGCUAUACUUUUUCAAGGGAAGAAGAGAAUGUCAGUGAUGAGAAGAAAGUUCAUGUGAAAUGUUAUGGUAAAACAAAGAGAAAAUUAGCCCGUCGGACUAGGAGAAGAAAGUGUAAAGUGUUUAGAAAGGCUAAGGAAUUAUCUUGUGCUGCUUUGGCUUCGAUUUUUCAGAGGUUGCUAUCUUGCACUACUAAAGUUGAUGUGGUUGGUUAAUUUACUCUUAAGUUAUGUUUACUAUAAGAUCAUAUAGAAUUUUAAUUUCAGAGCUAUACUUUUGUCUACUUUGUCUUGAGUUUUGUUUAUAUCGCAUCUUGUGUUCGAAUAUUUGAAACUAAUGUAUGUACGGAAGCUUUAUAAGAAGGACAUUUUUCGAACCA